UUGCUCACACGAUGGGAUGCAGAUCGCGAAAACCUGCCAGUGAAUGUGUCCAACAAAGCCGAGAUAUUGGCACAAUGUUUAGUGCUCACAAAAUGACUGCCAUUGCAGAGCCAGAGGCCUACCAGCUUGAGACAAACAGGGACAAGGAGGAAACAUCUGUACUCCUGGCACAUACCUUGAAAUUAUCCAUAACAGAUGAUACCCAAGCACCAGUCAUGAAACAGGACAUUUAUAGCCUGUUGCAGGACUUCUGCCGCAA